AUGACGAGUCGCGCCCUCAUCUCGAAACUUCCGUCUACACGACCUACCAUACAUUCAACAUGUCUUAGCGGACAACGGCCCCUCCAAGUUCGAUAUAUUGCGACGACAUACCUCAACAAGGUCGCAGCAGGUGAAGCAAGAUGGAAAGAGAGAGCUCAACAGAUCAAGAAGGGCGAGAUUCCGCAUACAUGGGACAUUCUUCAAGAGCGAGGAUAUAUCAAGGAUGUGGCAGGUACACCCGACAAGAUCAAGGAGAUUAUGCGUGUAAAGCGGAUAGGUUCCUACGUCGGUAUUGAUCCCACCGCCGACUCAAUGCACGUUGGUCACUUGCUACCAAUGAUGCCCAUGUUCUGGAUGUGGUUCCAUGGCUAUCCCGCUGUCACCUUGAUCGGUGGCUCGACUGCCCGCAUUGGCGAUCCUACCGACCGACUCGAAAGCCGACAGAUCCUUUCUAAUGCCGACAUUUCGAAGAACAUCACCAAGAUUCACGUUCAGUUGACCAGGAUAUGGAGUAACGUACAUGUAUUGAAGGAGAAGUACGGCUACCCCAAUGACUGGGCUGCUACCCAUCGAUUAUUGAACAACAAUAUGUGGCUGGGAAACCUUACUCUCUACGACUUUGCCAAGAGGAUAGCCAGGCAUACAAGAAUUGGACCGAUGCUGGCUAAAGAUACUGUGAAGCGCAAGAUGACGGAAGGUGACGGAAUGUCAUUGGGUGAAUUUAUGUAUCCUCUCCUUCAAGGGUGGGACUUUUGGCACAUGUACAACAAACUCGGUAUUCAGAUGCAGAUCGGAGGAUCUGACCAGUAUGGGAACAUCACGGCCGGUAUCGACGCUCUCAAGACCAUUCGCGAAACCGAGGAGGCCCCCCACUUGAAGAAGCCAUCGACCUGGGACCACGAGCCAGUCGGCUUCACUGUUCCUUUAUUGACUGAUGCUUCUGGUGCCAAGUUCGGCAAGAGCGCGGGAAAUGCUGUCUGGCUCGAUGAAUUCAAGACAACGCCAUUUGAUCUGUACGGAUACUUUGUCCGACGCUCAGACGACGAGGUAGAAAAGCUCCUCAAGAUGUUUACCUUUAUGCCUAUGGAGAAAAUCUCCACGAUCAUGGAGCAGCACCGAGCCAAUCCUCAGGAGCGAAAAGCGCAGCAUGCUCUGGCCUUCGAUUUUGUUUCACUUAUUCACGGUUCAGAAAGGGCUGUCAAGGAGGCACAGCAGCACGAAUUCCGUUUCGGCUCGAGGCUAAGUGGUAUUGCUAAAGAACCUUCGCCGGAUUCGGGUAUCAUCACUCCUAAUAACGCACCGAGAAGCGAUAUUAAGCUUCCGCGCUCUAUUAUGGACCUUUCGCCGGCCAAGAUUCUCCACGCAUGUGGUCUGGCUUCAAGCAGCAGCGAGGGAAAUCGCCUCCUUUCACAGCAGGGUGCUUACAUCGCUGCCCAGCCUGGUCAGAAGAGAGGACUUGUCCCUGGAAACCUGUCAUGGACGCCUAUGAAGGCCUGGUUCCCUGAGGAGACAGCUAAGUUCCUUAUCGACGAGCGCAUGCUCAUUAUGCGAAAAGGCAAGCAUAACGUGCGUAUUGUCGAGCUGAUCAGUGAUGAGGAGUUUAAGAAGAGCGGCGAGAUCUACCCCGGCCAGCACGGCACUGGUCUUCUCCGUAGAAUGAAGGAGGAGCUUAAGAAAGAGAUGGAGGCGGCCGGCGAGAACUUAUCCGACAUGGAGAUUACCAGGAUGGCAGAGAGGAAAAAGGCUAGGCUCCAGGUUGCCAACAACCCGAACAUCGAAUUGCCCGAUAAGCGGGAGAUACGCGAUCGAUACAGGAACGGAGGUUCAGAUAAAUAA